CGCCGUUUUAUGAUUUAAAACCAAUUUGUGUUUGGGUACUGGAGUAGCUUUAUCCUAUUUCGGAUUUAAAUAAUACCUCCAGAAAAAAAAUCCCUAAAACCCUAAUCCACUCUCACCAAUUCAAAAUUUCUUACCCUAAUCGUAACCAUGGAAGAUAAUUUCAGAAUCCGAGUCGAUAAAGCUUUUGGCGCGCUCGCCUCGUCUUCCUCGACGACGGAGCCGCCGCCGUCCUCUAAUUUAAGCUCUCUAUGGAGCCUAACAGACGACGAAAUUGAGCGAAAUGAGUGGAACCGAGUCAACAACGGUCCGGAACCCGAAACCGAUUUAUUUCCGGUCAAGAAGGGGUUUCUAAACAGCGAUCGGGAAAAGACAGAUGUCGGCUUUCGGUUGGAGCUGGAGGAGCUGGAUGAUCUCGACGAUGACGAUGAACAGUCAUCCGGUGGCUCACGUGGCACUUCCGGCCAGGUGGCGAAUCCGAAACCUGAUGAUUAUAAUGAUGAGGAGUGGGAAAUUAAGAACUCUAUUGGCUUGGACUGUACUCUUGAUAAUGAGGAAGAGGAAGACCAAUAUGAUAAAGUGGCUGUUGGGGAUGACAAACCUGGUGACCGAUUGUACUUAAAAGAAAUAAGUGACUACGGAAUUGAGAUUGAUUCUAACAAUGAGCUUCCCGUUUCGCUCAAAACGGUUGCUAGAGAUCCACGAGCGAAUCAUAUGGCUGCCAAACUUAGGCUUAAAGAAGACGAUGCGGCUGCGAAGAAAAUGGAUUCUUUGCAGGUUUCUGAGCAACAUUUGCCGGAUAUUGUUGGUGAUCGAGUUAAGGCGAAUGAUGAUGGUAAUUUGAAAUCUAUUCUGAAGAGAAGGGACGAUGAGUCUGAUUCUAAGUUGAAAAGUGAACAUCAGUUGAAUUCGAAGUCGCAAAAACGCGUUAGGUUUGACCCAGAGUGUAAAGAUGAUCAAGAUAAGGAGUCUGAUGAAGACAUCAAUGGAGGGAUGGAUACUGAUUCAGAAGAUAAGUCUUUGGUUUAUCCUUUACCUCCGGAUUAUCCGUCUGGGAUUCCUGAUUAUAUGCGAAAUCCUUCAAGAUACACGCGGUACACUUUUGAGUCAUCUACUGAUGUAGAUGACCAAUCUAACCAGCAAGCUUUUAUGGAUUUCCUCAAUACACUUAAGAAGUCGAAAGGCACCGAAUCAGAGCUAGAUGAUGCUCCUGCUGAGCUUCCGAAAUCAUUAACCUUCAUACCUAGGAGGAAAAUUGGUGAUACUGAGAUGGUAGAUAGUCACACUGAUACAAAGCAAAACGAAGAUCACGCUGAUAAGGAGCUUUUGCAUAGAAAGGGUGCUCCCAUUAGCUUUGCAGGUGAUAAUGCAGAAGAGAGUGAAGCUAGCGCCAUGGACGAAGAUGAACCGGUUGAUAAGAAAAACAGUUCACAGAGAGCAGGCCGCAAGUAUCGGAUAAAGGAGAGAGUAGAAGUCGAAGAUUCUAAUUAAGAGGUUUGCUUUCUUUUGUGAUACACCAUACUUACUAGCUGCUACUUCUAUAGUUUUAUUGGAAGCUUAGCUGACUGUUUAAAAACGGUAUUCAUAUGUCCCUUAGCAGGGUUGGAGCUGGCUUCUUGCUUAGAAAUAAUUCAGAUGACAUUUUGUUGUUGCUAAUAUACCUCAAGUGUCAAAGUUUGUAAUUGAUUGGUCCCAAGUAACGUGGUGUUGUAACAUUGCUCAGAACACUUCCUCUAACAGACAUUGAUAUUCA